AUGCACCCGGAGACGAACCCUGGCAGAUACGUUAGCUUGGGUGUUGCUGAGAACACUCUGAUGCAUGAGGAGAUAAUCGAGCAUAUGACCAAGAAUCUACUUGUCGCCUCUGGCGUGGGCCAGGCCAUUGAGCUUUCCGGAUUCUGUCUCCUCGACAAGGAUGAUGGCGUCCUGCUUGCCCGGCCGCACUAUGGUAAUUUCCCUAUCGACUUGGGCUACCGAGUCGGAGCUAAGAUUAUUGGCGUUUCCUUUGGAGAAACGGAUCCCUUCGUUCCUGAGACGGUGGGCAUUGACGAGAAGGCUCUCGCGGAUGCCCAACGUCCAGGCAUUCGUGUCAAGGCCUUUUUGCUAUGUAACCCGCAGAACCCCUUAGGUCGUUCCUACACUCGUGAGGUUCUCGAGGCGUAUAAGGCCUCUGUUGGAAUAUCCCAGUUACUGAGAUAA